UCAGUGUGUCUGACUCCAGAAUGGUUCCAGGCAGACUUUCCAUUCAGCAGGCAAAUAUAUUGCACAAGAUCCCUUCAUUCAGUAUUUCACAGCCUGUCCACCUUAAAUCAAGAGCGUUCAGAUUUAAGCUGGCAUGCAACCCAUUGUGCUGUUGGUGCUGUGGGUACUGGGAUCAUCACUGGUAAUGCCAGACCCCGACACGGCCGCAGAGAAGGUGACUGAGGAGCCCGUUCCGUGUUCUAGGGGAUGCACCUGCCUGCACGAUGACUACAGCCUGGAGCUCAACAUGUACUGCAGCGCCCGGAACUUCACGCAGAUCCCAUCGGACAUGCCGCCCUCCACCCACUCUCUCUGGCUCGACGGCAACUUCUUCACCUCGCUCCCGCCGGCGUCGUUCAAGGACCUCGGCAACCUCGAUUUUUUGAACCUGCAGAGCGGGCGGCUGGCGACGCUCGACCCCCAGGCUUUUAGAGGCCUGAAGUCACUAGCGCACGUUCACCUGGAGCGAAACCACAUCCGCGCGCUGCCGGGUGCGCUCUUCCAGAACACACCUAACCUGGCCUCGCUGAGUCUGCACAACAACCAGCUGGCUCGUAUCGAAGACAGACUCUUUGCAGGACUCUCGCACAUGUGGCUCCUCAACCUCGGCUGGAACUCCAUAGCCGUCUUACCAGAGACGGCCUUUCAGGAUCUGCAGGGCCUGCGAGAGCUUGUUCUAGCGGGGAACAGACUCGCUUACCUGCAGCCGCAGCUUUUCCAAAGCCUCACCGAGCUUAAAGAGUUGGAUCUAACUGGAAAUGCCCUCAAGGUUAUUAAAGCUAAUGUUUUUAUUAAACUCACUAAAUUACAGAAGCUGUACUUAGCCCAGAAUCAGAUUGGGACAGUGGUACCCAGGGCGUUUUUAGGUAUGAAGUCGCUCCGAUGGCUGGAUCUCACCAACAACAGACUGGCUUCUCUGCAUGACGACACGUUCUUGGGCCUGCACAGCCUUCACGUCCUGCGCCUCUCCUACAACUCGCUCACUGGAAUUAGGCCCAGGACUUUCCGUGACCUGCAGUACUUGGAAGAACUGCGGCUCAGUCACAACAGGAUCCGAGCCCUGGGCGAGAAGAUAUUUGAAGGGCUCGGUCACCUGGAGGUUUUAGAGCUCGAGCACAACCAGUUGCAGGAGGCACAGCUGGGUAGUUUCACCGGCCUCUCUCGCGUGGCGGUUAUCAACCUGUCAGGAAGUUGCUUCAACAGUCUACCAGACCAGGUGUUCAUAGGCCUGUCCAAGCUUCACAGCCUUCACCUGGACAAAGGCUGCUUAACAAGGAUAACAACUCAAGCCUUCACUGGACUCACUGGCCUACGGAGGCUUUUCUUGCAGCAUAACAACAUCUCCGUGGUGGAGCACCAGAGCUUCGUGGACCUGGUGAGUUUGCUGGGACUGGACUUGAGUUUCAACAAAUUGGAGGUUCUCACAACCCACACAUUCACUGGCCUAAAAAAUCUGGAGUACCUGCUGCUGUCCAACAACGAAUGUCGGCAGUUCUUGCAGAACGGCACCAAGCAGCUACUUCCAAAGCUGCGCUACCUGGAUCUCAGGGAUAACGCAUUGACGAGCAUCAUUCCCGAUUUCCCACAGAACAUGGAAAAACUCUUGCUGUCUGGGAACCAGUGGAAAUGCGACUGCGGCGCCCUGCCGCUCAGAAACUACAGCAUGAGGAAUCCAAUGGUGAUACCUCGGCAAGUGGAGACCCAUGGAGAGGGUGAAGAGCCCGACACAACUAUCACCAUAUACAACAACAUCACGUGCAUCAGUCCACAGCGUCUAGCUGCUCAAGAUCUACGAGAUAUUGACAAUGAAUUCUUCCAAAGCUGUUAACAGUUUAAUUUUGGGGAAUGCCUGGUACAGAGUACACAACACUACAAUAAUCUUAGUUGUAAUACUACCAAAACUGUGAAUUCAGAAAUGCAGAUGUGUGAUUCAGGUUUAUGCUUCACUUGAACUAUUGCUAGAUACGCAGGUAUCCUUUUAAAAAUUGUAUUUUGUUUCAUAAGUUACCAGUAACUUUAUUUUUUCUUUUGCUUCAGAGAGCUGCAUUAAACCCAUUUAACUGCCACAACAAAUGCGCUUUAAAAGGAAUAAUGUGGAAAUUAACUUUGAAAAGCAGCUUAUUAUUCUGCUUAUGAUUGACACUCUUUAAAAUAAAUAGAUUUAGUUAAAGUUAAAGUUAGGUUACGUCAAGAGAUCAGAAACUAAAUGUUGGACAAUAUGUGCAGUUCGGUUGUAAUGUUAGAUGUCAGAAAGACGUAAGAAAACUCCACGUAUGUCACUUUAAAAUGUACGGUGAAAGUGGUUUUACAGCUGCAAUAAAAGUAUUUUAAACUUUGA